AUGUCUUUCGCAGGGAGAUUAUUUAUUCAAGCCAGUAGGACAAAGUUUAUUGAGUCUCGCCACACGGAAUCUUCGUCAGCGGCAGUGAAGGAGCUGUCAGUUACGGAGUUGCAGUCAAAGCUGGAUAUUCUGGAGAAUUACUGGAGCCAAUUCGAGGAGCAGCGCGUGAGGCUGUUCACUGGGAAGGAUAGCGCGGAGGUGCUCGAGUACGAUUACGUGAAGCAGGGGGUAUACGAUAUCUGUCUGCAGCGGUAUUCCACGGCUCGUACCUCGUUCAUUGGACUAAUCAAGUCCAUUGAUGAGACCGUGGAUCUCUCGGAGUCGUUUUGUCGACCCGCUGCACCAGUUCCGUCUGCUCAGGUGACUCAAAGGCAGUUACCGAAGAUCUCGCUGCCAACCUUCUCAGGGGACUUCUACGAGUGGACACCCUUCAAAGAUCUUUUCCUGUUGAUGGUUGUCGGCAACAGUAACCUCUCCACGGUCGAGAAAUUCUACUAUCUCUUGACUUCUCUUGCUGGCGAGCCAAAGCAGUUGAUCUCAACUCUGCCGGUAGCUCAAGAUUCAUUCAUUCCAGCUUGGGAUAUGCUUAUCUCGAGGUAUGACAAUGAACGUCUGCUCAUCUCUACCCAGCUGGAAAGGUUGUUCUCUACUCCGAGGAUCGUCAACCGUACGGCCAAAGAGUUUAAUGCUCUCCUCAACUCCACCACCGAAGCUCUCAAUGCCCUGAAGUCGUUGAGGCGCCCUGUCGAGCACUGCGACGACGUCUUGGUGCAUAUCAUCUCCAGCCGGUUGGAUGUUAAGACGUUGGAGGCGUGGGAAGUUAAGAUCGGCUCCACCACCACCUUUCCAACGUACGCGGAACUCAGGGAGUUCAUGUUGAACAGAGCAAGAGCUAGGGAGAGAAUUGAGCUGCAUCCUCUGCAUGCUCCCAAGACACCAACUUCGAGCGUGCCCUCUCAACCACUCAAAGCAAAGCCAGCAAAGGUACUGAAUGUCUCAACUGGCAGUGCAGUUCAGCAGGCUCGCGGGUCGACUUCGCAGUCAUGGGCAGACCUGACCGCCAAUGCCUGCUCCAUGUGUGAAGAGGAGCAUUUCAUCGAUAAAUGCCCCAAAUUCAAGCAGUUGUCACCGGAAAAGAGGAAGGAGUUCGUCGAAAAAAAGUACCUCUGCUUCAACUGCUUGGGGAAGCACUCCAUUAGUGCCUGUAGGACCACGAAGACGUGCGUUGUGUGUCACAAGCGCCACCACUCGAUGAUCCACAUCACACGCCCUCAGAAUGGUUCUCUGGAGUCAUCUCAACCAGACCAGUUGAAGUCUCAAGAUAGUCUUGCGGUAAAGCUAGGUUUGUUGAAGUCUCCAGCUUUGCUACCUGUCGUUGGUAUUGGUGGAUCAAGGUCAUUCUCAAAGGAAUUCUCUCAGUUCUGUCUGAAGUUUCUGCACUCAGACAAACAUCUUCAGAUUAAGGCCUACAUUCUUGACCAUCUCACAUCAUCGUUGCCGUCGUUCUCAGUCUCAGAUACUCAAGCCUGGGGCCAUCUCGAGGGACUGACGUUAGCUGAUCCGGAAUACAUAGAACCAAGACCUAUUGACCUUCUCGUUGGCGCGGAUUUCUUCGGAUCAAUUGUGGAGCCACAGAUCAUCAAGGGGUUUUCAGACUCUCCUAUAGCAAUGCAAACUAUCUUCGGUUGGGUGGUACUAGGACCUACUUCAGCGGUGAUUCCAAUGCUGGCCAGCUCUAAUCACAUUGCAGUCAGCAACGAGGAACUCUACGACCUUCUCACCUCGUUCUGGCUGCAGGAGGAGGUCCCAAAAUCCGAAGAUAGUGGUCUCACGGAAGAAGAGGCAGAGUGUGAGGAGUUUUUCCAGCGCACACAUUCGUGA